CACUAUAAGAGGACCUCACACCCUACACUCGCAAAGCACACAACCACAAACACUUCAACACACACAACUAGCUGUAGCUACUAUAGCUGCCUAACUCAUUAAUAACUCACUAGCUAGUAAGCUCGAUCCUCAGAAGUCAAGAAGACGGCGAUGGCGGAGAGAGUGGCGAAGCUGUCGACGGAGAAGGCGGUGGUGAUCUUCACGUGGAGCGAGUGCCCGAUGUGCCACACGGUGGACAGGCUCUUCUCCGACCUCGGCUCGUGCGCGGCGGUGCACGAGCUCGACAAGGAUCCGCGCGGCCGCGAGAUGGAGCGCGAGCUCGUCCGCCGCCUCGGCCGCUCGCCGCCCGUCCCCGCUGUCUUCAUCGGCGGCAACCUCGUCGGCUCCACCGACAGGGUCAUGUCGCUGCACCUCGCCGGCCAGCUCGUGCCUAUGCUCAAGGGCGCCGGCGCCAUAUGGCUCUGAAUCCAUUCAUCCAUCAAUCCAUCGAUGACAACUAUAACCACUCACACCCCUAAUUUUGUUGUGAGUCUAUAUAGAAACCACCUUGCAUGCAUGAAACUAAUUAAUUAUUUGCAUGUGCUUAAAAAUUAAAAGAGCUAGCUACGUAUACACAUGCAUGUACGUUACGUGCAUGGUACAUGCUAUAUAUAGAGUGUGUUCACAAGUCACAAGUAUGAGGUCCAUAUCUGGACCGUCCGAUGACAAAGGGACGGUUAGGAUGUUGACCGGUGACGAGCCAAGUUCUUACAUCAAGGCAGUUCCCAAGAAUAUGUGAGAGGUUUUGUUUUGCUUUGCCGCUAGUGUACUCUAGCAGGGCUGAAAAGGGUUAGGAAUGACCAGUCCGUGUCUUUGAAUGAUUAAAGGGCUUGUAACCUAGCUUCCCUUUCCAGUUUUCCCAAUGAGAUAUGAAUUUUGAGCU